CAGACAUCCUCUGAAGGCCGUGACGUCAUUGCGUAGGGUGGAGCUUAGAGUAUAUAAAGUGAAGGCGUUCUCCGUUUUCCAUCAGUUAGAAGCUCAUCCUCAACAUGUCUCCCAAGUUCAUCAUCAUUGCCGCCCUUGCGGUCGUGGCCCUCGCCCGCCCUGAUCAGGCCCCAGCUUAUGGCUAUGCAGCCCCUACACCUGCUCCUGCACCUGCCAAGUACGACUUCAACUACGCUGUCAAGGACGAGUAUUCCGGUAACGACUUUGGCCACCAAGAGGCCCGCGACGGUUAUGACACCCAGGGUUCCUACUACGUUCAGCUUCCCGACGGUCGUCCUGCAGAAGGUCACCUACACUGUCAACGGCGACUCUGGCUUCGUGGCCGAGGUCAGCUACGAGGGCGAGGCGCAGUAUCCUGCCGAACAGCCUGCUUACAAGCCCGCCCCCUCAUAUGCUUAGAUCGCAAAUCAAGUUCGGCUGUGAUAAUAUUUAUUAAGGAAAUCCUUUACAUUGUAUAUUUGUAAAUAAAUCAUGAAAAUGA